AUGUCUAGUGAAGAAGAAGAAGAAUUCAUUUUUUUUGAUCCUCCCUUAUGGAGGCAAAGAAGAAGUCUUGCUGUUGAAGUUUUGCGAAAAAAUAAAGUGACAUCGGUAUUUGAUUAUGGUUGUGGAGAAGGUUCACUUCUUUCUUUUCUUAUUCAACCAUAUGAAGAAGAACCAAUUUUACAUCUUGCGGGUGUUGAUAUAAGUCACGAAGCAUUAAAAAGUGUAGUUCUUUAUUGUCAACCCAUGGAAGAUGAUUAUGCACCUGAUUUUUUGAGAUUGAGUCCAUUAACUAUAGAAUUAUAUCAAGGAAGUAUUGAUGUUGCAGAUGAAAGAUUAAUUGGAAUUGAAGCUAUUGUGUGCCUAGAAGUAAUAGAACAUGUUUAUCCAAAUGUAUUAAAUAAAUUUUUUGAAACAGUUUUGGGAACCUAUAAACCUAAAGUUUUGAUUGUUUCAACACCCAACGUGGAAUUUAAUGUUUACUUUCCUCAAUUAAAAUAUGGAACUCCCGAAGCAAUACCUAGAAUUGAUGAUCAUAAAUUUGAAUGGACAAGGAAGGAAUUUCAAGAGUGGUGUAAUGUUGGAGCAAAGAAAUAUAAUUAUUCAGUCGAGUUCACAGGAGUAGGAAAAUUAAAAUAUAGUGAUCCAACAGUUGGAUUCGCUACUCAAAUUGCUAUAUUCCAAGAUUUACAACCAGAU